CGUCCUUACGUCACUCAAUAGCUUCCGGGCUGGUAGUACUGGCCCGGUGCGGUGAUGCUCUGAUUUACUGUGCUACUCAAUUUUAUAGUCGUUUUAUAACAUACUUUCAAUUGUGAUUUUAUAACCAGGCACACAGUGUUAUCAGAUUAUAUUAAUAUAAUGCCAGAGCUUUGGUUACAAGGAUAAAUAUAAUCGACCCAAGCCCGCAGCGACUCAGGCGUAACGCUGGAGAGAAAAGGUCUGGUCAACUUGUUGCAGAAAAGAAUCUCACAGAGUGCCGAGUGCAAUAUAUUGUUGCUUUUCUUCAAGAAGCUUCAGCAGUGACUUCAUCCUCAAAAGAUGAAGUUGAAGGAGGACAUGAACCCCCUGCUUUUGCAGGUCUUCCGCUCCGUGGUCUGGGUCUACUCUGUCAUCACCUUCAUACCCUGGUACUUCUUCUCUGGAGCUGGCAGCAACUUGGAGCGGGCUCGUCGGAUCAAGGCACGCUCAGUUAGCAGACACCCAGCAGGUCCAUACAGGGCUAUCAACAGCCAAGAGAAGCUGGUGUCAUGGCUGCACCCCGGGGUGGACACACUGGAUAAAGUGUUUGAAUACGCUGCCAGGAGGUUUCCACAGAGAGACUGUCUGGGCACCAGAGAGGUGCUGAGUGAGGAGGAUGUGCUGCAGCCCAACGGCAAGGUCUUCAAGAAGGUAAUUCUGGGGAACUACAACUGGCUGUCAUACGAGGAAGCGUACCAGGCAGCAAAGUGUUUCGGUAGCGGUCUGGCAGCUCUCGGCCAGAGGCCUCAGUGUAACAUUGCCAUCUUCUGUGAGACCAGAGCCGAGUGGAUCGUGGCAGCACAGGCCUGCUUCAUGUACAAUUUCCCACUCGUCACCCUGUACUCCACUCUCGGACCCGCGGCCAUCGCCCACGGCCUGAACGAGACAGAGGUCACGCAUAUCAUCACAAGCAAAGACCUGCUUCAGAGCCGUCUCAAGGCCAUACUGUGCGAUGUUCCGAGGCUGCAGUAUGUCAUCGUAGUUGACAGUAAGCCCACGAGCUGGCCAGACAUCCCGAGAGGCAUCACGAUCUACAACAUGGACACUGUGAAGGAGAUGGGAUCCAGGCCUGACAAUGCAGCAGUCGACCGCAGACAGCCAGAGCCCUCGGACAUCGCUGUCAUCAUGUACACCAGCGGCUCCACAGGCAUCCCCAAGGGUGUCAUGAUCUCCCAUAGCAACAUCAUUGCUGGCAUCACCGGCAUGGCUGAGCGGAUCCCUAACCUCAAUGAAACAGACACCUACAUUGGCUACCUGCCGUUGGCUCACGUUUUAGAGCUCAGCGCCGAACUGGUGUGCAUCUCUCAUGGCUGUCGCAUCGGAUACUCCUCCCCUCAGACUCUAGCCGACCAGUCAACCAAGAUAAAAAAGGGCAGUAAAGGUGAUACCAGUGUGCUGAAACCUACUCUCAUGGCUGCUGUACCAGAGAUCAUGGAUCGAAUCUAUAAGAACGUGAUGACUAAAGUGGAGGAGAUGAGUAAAUUCCAGAAGACGCUCUUUGUGCUGGCUUACAACUACAAGAUGGAGCAGAUCUCCAAGGGCUACAGCACGCCUCUCUGUGACAGUCUGGUGUUCAAACGGGUGCGUGCGCUGCUUGGAGGGAACACCCGGGUGCUGCUUUCCGGCGGAGCUCCUCUCUCGGCCGCCACGCAGCGCUUCAUGAACAUCUGCCUGUGCUGCCCCGUGGGGCAGGGCUACGGUCUGACGGAAACCUGCGGAGCAGGCACCAUCAGUGAGGUUUGGGACUACAGUACGGGAAGGGUCGGCGCUCCGCUCGUUUGCUCCGAGAUCACGCUCAAGGACUGGGAAGAGGGCGGUUACUUCAGCACAGACAAGCCCAACCCACGGGGGGAAAUUUUGAUCGGCGGGCCCAACGUAACGAUGGGUUACUACAAAAACGAAGGCAAGAACCGAGAGGACUUUUUUGUGGAUGAGAAGGGCCAGAGAUGGUUCUGCACCGGGGACAUCGGAGAGUUCCACCCCGACGGCUGCCUCAAGAUCAUCGACCGUAAGAAGGACCUGGUGAAGUUGCAGGCAGGCGAGUACGUCUCUCUAGGAAAAGUGGAGGCUGUCCUGAAGAACUGCCCUCUCAUUGACAACAUCUGUGCCUAUGCCAACAGUGACCAGUCGUACGUGAUCAGCUUCGUGGUGCCUAACCACAAGCAGCUAAUGGCGCUGGCAGAGCAGAGGGAAGUGAGGGGCACAUGGGAGGAGAUCUGUAACAACUCCCAGAUGGAGAAAGAGGUCCUCCGCAUCAUUACUGAGGCUGCUAUCUCAGCAAAACUGGAGCGAUUCGAGAUCCCCAAGAAAAUCCGGCUGAGUGCUGAACCCUGGACUCCAGAGACCGGCUUGGUCACUGACGCAUUCAAACUAAAACGCAAAGAGCUCAAAACACACUACCAAGAGGACAUUGAGAGGCUGUACGGUGGAAAAUAACACAUAGACACACUCCAGAAAACACAGAAACACACACACUAUACUUGCACACAUAUACACGGAGCUCAGAAGCCACUACCAGGACUACUUGGAGAGGAGUUAUACUUACGAUACAGGUAAUAAACACAGACGCACACAUUAAUACAGACACACACACACACAAAGCAACAACCCAUGCGCCACCUCCUCGGCUUCCCUGCGACCAGCUUCGAUCAAAGAAGGGGAAAAAAAACAAAAAAAAACAAACAAACUCUUGAAUCCAGCUCAAAGCUCUCUGUCAAGACCAAAAGGCAGAAGGUCCCUUACAGACGACUGAACCAGUCAGACGCGCGUGGUGGCGAUGCGCUCACCAUUCCUCUUUGAUGCGUUUUAGCCCUUCGAGUUGCCACGGCAACCGAGGCUGCACACGAAGUCGGACGCCUGCAUGACUCGAAGCGAAACAAAUGUCAGGCUAGACGUAUGUGGAUCAAUGUCAGCGCACCCUCUCUGUUGCUUUUCUCUCCCUUUUUCCUCUCUCCUCCCUGACUCUCCGGAGCUUUCCACCAGUCCAGCAUGGUCCUGUAGAGCAGACACCCGGCAGGGGGGGGGAUGGGGUAGCACGAGCGGUGCCUGAUAGAGGGGAUCCCUCCUGGGCUUUAAGUAACAUUCAGGUUGGAAUCUAUGCAGGGAUCUCUAUUAUUUUUAAAUUUCUUUUUUUUUUUUUUUUUUUUUUAAAUCUGUGUUGCUGUGUUUCCUUCAUGUACGGUUUGUCAGCUCUGAAACCCAUUUUUUAGUAUUUUUGUGUGUGAGGAGUCGGUGUCGCGAAGCCAAUAGAGAUUGAGCGUCAAAGAUUUUUUUAAAAAAAAAUUUUUCUUACUUUUACUUUAUGGUAGUAUUUUUCUGUGGGUUUUUUUUCUUUAUC